ACUACGGGAGAUUCUAAGCUUUCAUUUGAUACCAAGAUUGUCAAGGUUUUGAACAUUUUUCCUGGUGUUCAAAGUCAGAGAACAAUAAGUCUUAUUUUUUGCCUAUAUUUUAAGGUAUUUUCUUGAUGAAAAACAUGUAAAAAGAGCAUGAAGGAGGGGGAGAAACCUAGUAGAAACCCAUAUUUACUGAAGUUUCAGCCCACUGUACUCUGUGUUCAAUGCCGUCAUGAAGAUCAGAGUGAAAAGAUUCUUGCCUCCUCUAUUCUACGGGGUUGUCGGCUACAUCGUGAUCAAUAGUAUCAUCACAUUUUUCCAAGACCUGAGAGGUAACAGACAUGUUAGUUAUGAUCAAUACAGGAGACUGCUCGAGGAAAAAAGAAUGGACUUGCCAGACAUGAGAUUUGAUAUGACAACAGAAGUGAAUGACAAAUUUUUGGAGGAGGACUGGUGGAAGCUGAUGGAAACAGUUCAAGCAGAACGAAAAUUCAGAUUAAGGAAAGUCUGUCAGUCCCUUUACAAUCGGUCGGUGCAAGACCCUGCGUACCUUGCCUCACACAAAAACCAACUCCGCUCCCUAAUUGUGAAUGAGAAGUUCCACUUCAUCUACAGCAUUGUGUACAAGGUGGGCUCUACCAAUUGGGAAAGGGUGAUAGUGCAAGACUUGGAGGGAUACUUGAACGUGCCAAAUCAGAAGCUUUACUCGCACAAAGCACUCCAGUGGAUGCCCAAGUACAGGGAAGAGCAGGUGAAAGUGCUCUUGGAGAACUACACCAAAUUUCUCUUUGUGCGGAAUCCUCUCUCUAGGAUACUCUCUGGCUAUCGGGAUAAAUUUGUGGAUCACAAAAAUUCAGUAUUCACCAGUCUAGCACGACGCAUCAUCAAGCAGCAUAGGACCGGCUCGGCCGCUGAGAGCUCAAGCCAGAAUGUGACGUUUACAGAGUUCAUCUCCUACCUCGUCGAAUCGGCUGAAAACCGAGGGAAUCCGCACUGGAAACCGAUUUACACGCAGAAUUUGCCGUGCCAAAUUGACUAUGACCUCAUUGGGCAAUUGGAAGACGCAAGCGAUGAUAUUCCGUACGUGCUUAAGAAGAUUGGCAUCUGGAACGUAACUGAUUACGGGAAAGGCCCGCCACGGAAGAACACGGACGAGGAAUUAAUGAAGAGGUAUUAUUCUGAGGUGCCAACAAAGUUGUUGAAAGAGCUUUACAAUAUUUAUGAACCGGAUUUCCAUAUGUUUGGAUAUGCUAUGCCACUCUUUGUAUAAUUGCAAUUAUAUAGUAUUGAAUAACCUUGAGGGGAACAUCAAAUAUAUUGCCCGCAACAGAAUCAUAUUGGUCCCAAGUCUUGAGAUGAGGGCAGUAUAUUUGAUGUUUCCCAAGAAUAAAGCCAGUCAAUGUUGUUAUUAUUAUCCAAAUCAGACGUUGAGAUCAAAGUUUUAUAGAGACAAUUACCCGUAGGAUUCUAUUGUGUCGUGUUUAUACCAGGAUCUCAUAGCUUUGUGACGUAAUUAUCAAACGUUAUGUUAUUGGUGCGUGGACAAUGUUUCAACUUCACGCGUACCUCUUCCCACGCGUCCUCAGAUGUUCGGAUGCGAGUGUGGAAAAUAGAAAUUUACUGUAUUGUUUUCAUUGUCUCUGCGUGCAGGCUCAGUAAACGCGGAGAGAGACCUAACAAAGUACAAAGAGCAUAUAUAUACCCUUUUCCUUACCAAUAUUCAUUAAAACAAGGGCAUUGCAAUUUUGUAAAUCACCAACUCAUUUGUCUGAUAUUGGUAGUAAUAAUUUGAUUUAUUUUGCUAUGAGAUAUUUGUUUUUACUAAAAUCAAUGAAUUUCCUGUACAUCACAAUGAGCUGAAUCCUGGAAAUGGAGGAAGAAAUGAUUUCUAAUUUGCUAUGCAUCAACUUUCUUAAUGUACCACUACUGUACCAAAGUUUAUUCUUAUGUCAAUGAAAUGUGUUUUUUAUUAUGAUUACUGCCUUUUCAGAAAUAAUGUUUUCAGAAUCCAGUACUUCAUCUUUGAUUUGUCAGUAUUCAUUGUACUCAUUAAGUCGUUCUACAGUGCCUACUAUUUUACAGAAAGUGCUCAUUCUAAUUUGUUAUAGAGCAACUAUAUUAAGUACAAUAAUGCAUUACCAAAGAUUUUUUUCUCAUGUUGUUGACAUGAAUAUAUGUUGCAUAUGAUCACUGCCUUUUAUGAAAUAAUGUGUUUAAGAAUUCAGUACUUCUAGAGUUAUUGAUGUUACAAUACCUAACAAUUCAUGUUGGUUCAGACCAAUAAAAUGUACCUAAUGUAAUGCUAUAUCAAGUACUAUUUUAAAUUUGAUUCUGUUCAGACUUCAGAAUGAUGGAAUAAUUAAGAUUUUUUAAGAAAUCUAUGCAAUUUUUAAUGAUAUGAUUAUGAUACAGUGUGCAGGUAUUUUUGUACUUUUAUUCAUUUUGACAAUGUCAUGGUCUAUUACAUGUAUGUCACAUUUUAUGAUCAUUAUCAGUAGAUUGGCUCUUAAUAAUAAAAAUAAAUAACUAUAUUUGUAUAGCACUUAUCAGAAAGGUGUCUCUAAGCAGAGUGACCAGAUUUGGACAGUUGUUCAAGGGACACUUUGAUGCCAGAUCAGUGGCGUAAUGAGCCCAACAUGUUUAAGGAGCCAACAUUUCUAAAAAGCUGUGAGCGAGCAAAAAUUUUGGCUUUCUAAAAAUCAAAUUUUGUGAAUGAUUUAAGACAAUAGUGUCAUAUUCAUUUUUCCCCUUUUUUUACCACUAUGCAUGUGAGAAAAAAAAGAAAUGUCUGAAUAUUCUCACCUCAAAAUGUUAAAAAUCAUGAAACACAAGACAAACCUGCAUCCCGGGCAGGGUCGUACGGCAUGUGGGACAAAUUUGUGAAAUACAGGAAAGCUGGUCACCCUUCCUCGAAGUGCCAUUAGAAAAUGUUUUGAUUUUAUUUAACAUGAAAGUAAAUGAUACUGAAACAUUACGUCAUGUCUGACUCUUUUUAUAUAUGGCAAAAAGAAGCUGCUGAAAACUGCUUAUCUAAUAAAAGAGAGCCAAUGGAGUAAAUUAGAAAGUCAAAAAGGGGCCUAAGCUUUCGAUCCUAGCAGAAUCUUCGUCGGAGGCAAAAUGACAAACAUAUAAAGUGGAACAACCAUAAUAUAGACCACAAACAAGCUACAGCAACACUAGAAACAAGGAGACAAAAGGGGCAUUAGUGAGUAGAGAGGACCAAUCAGGUUAGUGAAGGGGAUGAAAGAAAAAGAGUAGGCAGACACAAAGGGAAGUUAGUGUAAGUAAGGCCAGUUAAAGACCUCAAGCCAAGAGGGAUUAAAAUAAUGAGGCAGGCAACAUCAAACAGGAUCUGGAACAAAACAGUGAUAAUGGGAUGAAAAACAAGAGAAUUAGUGAGAGGUGGGUCAAACAGGUUACAAAGAAAGGCUUAAUAAACUAGUGCAUAAGAGUGGGAGAAAAAAGAAAAAGAAUGGGGAACAACUGAUAAUGUGCAAAAGACAUAUAAGUAUAUAUGAUAAAGCAUUAAACCAACUAAGAGAAGAAGGUAAGUGUAGUUUUUAUAUAUAUAUAGAAAGAGAGAGAGGUAUGUUAAUCGAGAGACAUGGUUGAUAAUAAGAAAAAUUCCGGAUAGAUAGUGGCUGGAUAAGCAGGUCAGACUGUAAAAUUUAAAGAAACUAGAGGCUGCCUUAAAGUUGUAUUCAAAGUCUUUCAAACUCUAGUUUCCUCAUAAAGGAAAGUUACUGUAAUUUAAUUAAUUUAAAAUCAUACAUGAAAAUAUUUGUAUUCAGGUAAAAGCUGUAUAAAGAAAAUGUCAAAAUUUAUUGUCUCAACCACCUUUCGGUAUGUUUCAUAAAACUUGCUAUUGCAGUUACAGUCAAAAGCUACUGAAAUCAUUCAAUUUGAAUGGUCGAUAGUAAAAUUGUUAUAGAUAUUGUGCAUUAUGAAAACAAGUAAUUAUGUGUUUGGCGGCAAGGGAUUCUUUGGAUUGAUAGGCCAUUAUUAAGCCUACAUGUGCUUGUUGACUAGUAAGUAGUUUGUUAACAUUCUUAACAGUAUUUUUAAUUGUACUUGUAUGUACUUCACUUUGUACAUUACAGAUAGGCCAGUAUGAGGCCGACAUGUGCUAGCUGACUACUAAGUAGUUUCUUAACAUUCUUAACAGUAUAUGUACAUUACCGGGAAGUAUUUGGAUUGGGAAGUUUCAUUCUUUAAAGGAAUGGUCCAGGCUGGAGAUAUUUAUAUCUCAAUAAAUAGCAUAAAAUUCACAGAGCAAAAUGCUGAAAAUUUGAUCAAAAUCGGAUAACAAAGUUAUUGAAUUUUCAAGAUUUGCAUUUUUCCGGUGAAACAAUUCUAGGCAUGUCUGUAUGAAUAUUCAUUAGGUGGGUGGGCUGAUGAUGUCAUAUCCCCACUUGUUCUUUUGUAUUUUAUUAUAUGAAAUUGUUUAUUCCAAACUUUUUUACCAAGAACUAAAACAAUUAGACUGAUAACUGAUAAAGUGCAUUAGUUAUUUAUUGCCGCAACUUAGACACAUCAUUUACACAUACAUGUAUGAAAAAAUGAAUCAUUUAUGAUUUCAUGUAAUAACAUGAGAAAAAAGGAAAGUGGGGAUGUGACAUCAGCCCACCUAAUGAAUAUUCAUGGUGAUGGGCAUAUAACUGUUUUCACAAAAUAUUGAUAAUCUUUAAAAUUCAAUAACUUUGUUAUUUGUUAUCCGAUUUUGAUGAAAUUUUCAGCAUUUUGCUCUGUGAAUUUUAAUUAGAUACAAGUAUUUUCAGCCCGGACCAUCCUUUUAAGCACAGACAUAGUGUGCAGCAGCUUGUCUACAAUGUAUUUUGUGCUAAUUUCGGCAUGGUGAUUCCAAUACAUUGUGACAUCGCCUUUUAAAAUGGCCCUCUAUAUUAUGAUUGUAUGUUUAAGAAUGGACUCAAAGCUUUGUAUGCUCUCCCCAACUUGCAUUCCAAUAACGACAUAUUGUUUGUCACACUUUGUCUUGUAUGAGUUGUGUCUAACUGUCAAAUGAUUUGACAUCAUUUAAAGUUACGUCUCUUUUUAAUAUAUUUAUUGCACAAAUAUGUAUAAACUCUAUGUCUUUUAGUGAUUUUCAAAUACAUGUAGCUAGUCAUUGUACC